GGAGCCGCUGUUAUUUCGAGCGUUAGAUAAUGGAAUGGAAACUGCUGCUAAUAUUCCUACCCUGGCUACUCAUCGCAAAGGUCUACUACAAGGUCGAGGACUUCACGGAACCGGAUAUCAUCUAUCAACAAAGCUUGGACUAUCAUCCCGAGGAUUAUAUUGAUUCCUUCACCGACUACCAGAAACAUGACUAUUUUCAGUAUUGAUCAUAAACUUGUUUUUUGUUUUUUUUUUUAAUUAUGUGUUUUUGUGUGACUAAUAAAUAUGUGUGAGCUGUGAAUUUUAUAAAGUUCAUUCUUCUGGGCCAAAAAUCUUUACAGGUUUAAAUUUGUAAGAAAUCCUUUUUUGACAAAACUUUGGAAAGAAUUUAUUUUUACAACGUUAAGGGUCAAACGAGGUGAAAUGAAAUUACUAGCUCAACCACUUUUGGUAUUCCACAUGGCAUGUUAAACCAUUUUUGGGUUUUUUAUGGCCAAAAUAGGGAUUUUUAAAUAAAUAAUUAGCGCGGACCAAUUUUUCCAUUUCAAAAACAUCACCAAAAUUGUACUUUUUGUUGGUUCAAACUCAGCGAGGUAUUAUACUGAACAAACCUACCAUUUUUGCCUUUUUUUUUAUGAGAAGAACACUUAUUUUUAGGGAGUAAAAUUAGGGUUGACCAAAUUUCGAAUUUGUAAUAGGUAACAUCAUUAAACUUUGGGCCAAAAUCGAACUUUCUAAUUGUGAAAAACAAAAUUACGAACUCUACGAAAUAUAGCGCUGCAUAUUUCGAUCAUUUUUGGCAUUGUUAUGGGAAAAAUACAGAUUAUUUAAA